CGUGCAAGUCUAACGUAGGCUGGGAAGUUGGCCAUGCUGGAGAGUGGGAGCUUGGGACAAAGAGCAGAACACAGAGUUAGGGGGAGUUGGUUUCUUUUCAGAGAUCGCCCUGUAGUGGUAGGUGUUGUCCUUGCAGGCUGAGGACUCAGCCAUGGUGUGGUUCCCAUCACAGAGGUUUUUCUCAGCUAUAAGGGGCAUGUGCAGCUUUUCAGGCUGCAAGUUCUGUUUCCUUCGCAAACUAUCCAUUGAGCCUGUUCAACAGAGGAAGAUUCCAAACCGGUACCUUGGCCAACCCAGCCCUUUCACACACCCACACCUACUCAAACCAGGGGAAGUAACACCGGGGUUGUCACAAACAGAAUACUCUCUCCGUAGACACAAACUGAUGGCUCGGAUACAGCAAGAGGUGCCUGGAAUGGACCACACGGUGAUUCUGUUAUCUAAUCCCACCUACUACAUGAGCAAUGAUAUUCCAUACACCUUCCACCAGGACACUAAUUUCUUGUAUCUGUGCGGGUUCCAGGAGCCUGACAGCAUCUUAGUACUGCAGAGCCUGCCUGGUAAACCAUUGCCAUCCCACAAAGCUCUGCUGUUUGUCCUCCGGCGGGACCCAAGUAGAGAGCUUUGGGAUGGACCACGGUCUGGUACUGAUGGGGCAGUAGCUCUCACAGGUGUGGAUGAAGGAUAUACCAUAGAGGAGUUUAGACAUCUGGUGGCUAAAUUGAAAGAUGAAACUACAGUGGUUUGGUACGAUUUUGCUAAGCCAGUGCAUCCACAGCUCCAUUCUGACUACCUUCUGCACCUGGCUGAGGUCAAAGCUAGGAGCAAGAACCGUAUCCGAGCCAUCCGACCCCUAGUACAGAGCCUACGGCUCAUAAAAUCCUCUGCAGAGAUUGAGAGGAUGAAGAUUGCUGGAAAGGUGACAUCACAGGCAUUCAUAGAGACAAUGUUUGCCAGCAAAACUCCAGUGGAUGAAGCAUUUUUAUAUGCUAAGUUUGAAUUUGAGUGUCGGGCUCGUGGUGCUGACAUUUUGGCUUAUCCUCCUGUGGUUGCCGGUGGCAACAGAUCCAAUACUUUGCAUUAUGUGAAAAAUAACCAGCUCAUCAAGGAUGGAGAGAUGGUUUUACUGGACGGAGGAUGCGAGUCUUCCUGUUAUGUCAGUGACAUCACUCGCACAUGGCCCAUCAAUGGCAGAUUCACAGGUCCCCAGGCAGAGCUGUACCAAGCUGUACUAGAAGUGCAGAAAUCCUGUCUGAGGCUUUGCUCUCCGGGUGUGAGCCUAGAGAACAUAUACAGUUUCAUGCUGACCUUGAUUGGAGAGAAGCUAAAAGAUUUGGGAAUCUUACAGAAGAGCACUACUGAGAACCAUCUCUUCAAGGCUGUUCGAAAAUACUGCCCACACCAUGUAGGACACUAUCUGGGAAUGGAUGUUCAUGAUACCCCUGACAUAUCCCGCUCAAUCCCCCUCCAGCCAGGCAUGGUGAUCACCAUUGAGCCAGGCAUCUACAUCCCUGAGAAUGAUGCAAGUGCCCCUGAAAGAUUCCGUGGCAUUGGUGUACGCAUAGAGGAUGAUGUUGUAGUGACAGAAAACACAUCACUGAUUCUGUCAGAAGAUUGUCCAAAGGAAAUAUAUGAUGUCGAACAAGUCUGUGACUCUUGACCACUGUUCAUCACCUUUUCCAGAUACAAAUCGGGAAAUGCGCUCCUUUAGUAAAUUCCUGUAUUUAUAUUUUUAUAUGAAAGAGCUACAGGAUGUCAAGACUGAUGGCUGCUGCUGAGGAAACAUUAUUGGGAAGGAUUAUCUUGGACAGAAAAAAAUCAUAUUAAAAUGAGGAAAAUGUACUUUUAUUUGGCAAGUAUUCUACUUUAUUACUAAUGGUAAAAGAAAUCAGAUGAAGAAUCUGUAUUCCAUAUGUUCUGUAAUAAUUUUAUUCACUGCUUGUCACGGCCCAUGUGCCUGACAGUUUCUCUUGGGGGGGGGCAAACUGGGAUGAAUUCUGGCUUUGGUGCAGAUUGCCUUUUAUUUUAAUUUGGGAGCAAGACAAAAUUUUGCUUUAUUCUUCUUAGAAAAGAUAAUAUUCAAAAUAUCAAUGCAAAUCUUCGAGCGGAUGGAGAUUUAUAGAGGAUUACCAGACAAAACUUCAAAGAUGUUAGUUGCUUCUUUCUAGAAGGUAAAGGAAGGUCUUUUGCAUUAGGGCAUACAUAGAAAUCGAGAUGUGUUAUGGCUGGGAAAUGCAUGUAACAACCUGAUCUUAUGCAGAGUGGUUUUCAAAUGCUUGACUAACUCUGCAUACAGUUGUGUUUGUAAAUUAGUAAUAGGCAGACAAAUAUCAAUAUAAUGUUUAUGAGCUAGUUUGAUAGAUAAAGAAUGCUGCUUGGUUUGAGCCCUCCCCCCAAAGUUACCAGAAAGUGGGGGGGGGGGGGAUAUCCACUAAGCAUUCCAUUAUACCCUAUGGAGACUGGCCCUCAUAGAGUAUAAUGGAGAAUUGAUCUAUGGGUAUCUGGGGUAGAAGCAUCAAAUUUUCAGCAUAGCAUCUGGUGCUCUCCUCAAAACCCUCCCUAAGUUUCAAAUAGAUUGGAAUGGUGGUUCAAUUCUAUGAGCCCCCAAAGAAAGUGCCCCCAUCCCCCAGUAUUUCCAAUUGAGGAAAGGCAUUUAAAAGGAACACAGCUCUUUUAAAUGUGAUGGCCAGAACUCCCUUUGGAGUUCAGGCACGCUUGUCAAAACCUUGCUCCUGGCUCCACCCCCAAAGUCCCCAGAUAAUUUGUGAGUCGGACCUGGCACCCUAGUGAGUUCCUUUCUUCCUAUCUCUUCAUAUCUUUGAUUUCUGCUGACACGAGUGGAUAUGUUAGGGUUUUUGUGACAUGAGUGGAUAUGUUAGGGCUGACCCAACCUUUUGCAUUGGGGUGCAGAUACCCAGAAGCAAAAUAUUUGCAGACUGAAGCUGUUGAAAAUAGUUCACAUGCUUUAAGCUGCCAUUUUUCUUUACAAAACACACAAAAAUAGUGACAAGGAAAAUAUCAAAUUCCUAAUUCCAAAUAUUUUUCUGAGAAAUGUAGCGAGU